CAGCACAACCCAUAAAUCAUUGGCCAAUAUCGAAUUAGCCAGCGGCACACACAUUUAGUUUUUCCCUGGAAAACAGACAUCAGCGGCAUAACAUCGAUUGUUUCUGUUGUUUGAUUAUAUAAAAAAAAGUUACAUUACCAUGUGAAACAAACAAGGGAAUCUAAUCGUCCCAUACAACGCCAGACAAAAUAAUAACAAAAUAGAUUCAUUUCUACUAGUUAUUCCAGAAGCUGAGAGUGCAAUGCACACGGUGAUUGAUACAGAGCUGGUAAGAGGGAUCCAAUAUUACGAAGCAUCAGCUUCCAAGAUACUAUAACCAUAUUGAUUCCCAGGCAAAUGUGACAGGCACAUUUUCACUUCAUCCUCCAGUCAAUGAAUAUUUCAUGCUGGAAACGCAUAAUACAGUUCCAUUAAAAUGAUUUAAACUUCAUUACUGUGGCUAUAAAAAAAUGGGAAAACCUAAAACUCGGGAAGAGCUCUUGCCACAUUUAGUACAAUUAGUUUAGAUAUAAUCUCGAUAUCGGCAUUAUCAUAGAAACAUAAUCGCUACGACCGCUCGAUUCAGAUGGAGUUGGAUUUAAAACAUUGUGAUUUUGCAUGGAAAGUUCCUGGAUAGAGUGUCAUGUCAGCAUUUAUACCAUUGUCUGUGUAUAUCUCAAUUUAGAGUGAAAUGUGAAUUUUCAUUGAUUCAUGUAACAUGUCUUUAGCAUACUUCUGGCGUUUUAGAAGAGGCUUAUAUUCUACGAUUUGAAAAUAUUUUAGCACUUUUGCGGAGCUUGGAAUUGAAAUAAAAUAUUUCUGAAUUUUGUGAAACUGCAAAUAGUUCAAUGAACGUAAACUCUUUCUUUAUGAAGGAAUUGUGAUGGAUUUCUUAAGAAGUACUGCGACUGUAAUUUAGGCGAUAGGAAUUAUAUACGGACGAAAGAUGGUUUUUACACCGCGUGGUCUUAUGGUAACGUCAGUUGUUGUUGGAGCUGUUGCUGUAGCGACGUUAGCGUUGUCAGUGGCAACGGAUGCCUGGUUAUUUACAACAGAAACCAUGGAACACCCGGAAAAUAAGACUGUUAAUAUGGUAAUAAAAGCUCAAAUGGGUCUGUGGAAAGUUUGCCUAAACACAGAUUUCAGCAAAACACCUCCAGUGAAAAUUGGUGGUGGACAAAAACUUUGUGAAUCUUACGAUGCUGUUCACACAGACACAGAAAGGGUUGAGUCACAGCAAACAUCUUUUGCAAUCAUGCGCGCCACGCGAGUAGCGGCUAUGUUCCCAGUGGUGGCUUUGGUAAUGAUAACGAUAGCCGUGAUCCUUGGAAUAAUUGGCAACAUCAGGCGUGACAUCAAGACACUUUUGGCUGCUGUAAUAUCCAUUCUUGGAGGUCUGACAUUAGCUGUAGGUAUCAUAUUUUAUAUUUCUGCCAUUAACGACGAAGUCGGUCAUAGAACCAAAGGGAAGGAAGGUAAACAAUUUGAAUACGAAUAUGGUUGGUCGUUUUUCUUCGCUGGAAUGGCAUUUAUGAUAGCAGAAGGAACAGCCGUCGUGUUUGUUACACAAUUUAUGCAAAGGAACGCUACCACUGACGACAUGGUUAGGAUUAUUCCAGGUCUUGAAGACAAACUGGAAAGUACAGAUAAAGAUGAAAAUGAUGACGGUGCAACGAACCCAACAAUUGUUAUGUAAAAAGUGAAAGGGAAUUUCCUAUAACUUUACUGUUAUUAUUAAAAGCGUUGAAUUUGCAUUUUCUACAAUCUGUGCAAUUUAUUUGCAAACAGUGAAAGUGUUUACUACAAAUUCUUUUACAGUCACGUUAACAGUGCAAGAGUAUUUGCUCAUUUACUGUAUUAUACAAGUAUUAUAUAAACCAUUUUCAAUGAAUGACGUCGUGUGUUCGUUAAUCUGUGCGCACUACAGCAAUGAAUGAAAACCUUGCGAUCAGUCGUUUGACAACGGACGCAUUUUUAAAAAGCCUUGACCGUAUUAUGGGUCACAUUUUAAUACGACACAGCGGAUGGGCUACCAGAUAUGAUUAAAAAUGGAAGACAAACAUAGCACAUUAAUGUUGCAGAGAGGUUAGGAAUUAAAACCUAUUUAAUGUUCGUUGUUACUCCGAACAUAGCACUUUUCUUGUCGGUAUGUACGACAGCCUUUGCAAAACAGUUUAACUACAUCAGCAUUUAGUAGUUCGACAUAUAAAAUGAUCUUCUCAUUGUUAUAAAACUUAUAAAACAAGACCAUUAACAUAAAAGUUAAAUCUGUUUAAAGUAAACAUACCGAUUGGUCGGGCAUGAUGUUACAUUCGUCAUGAGAAUUUUUGUGCAUGUAUUGUAUAAUUGUACUUUUUACAUUGUAAGCAUUGGUUCCGAUACUUAAGACAAUUGCAGUUAGUAUUUGAAGAGUUUCGGGCACUUCGGAAGUGAGCCGAUAAUUGCCUAAUGGAUGAGACAAAUGUGAUUAUAUUAUUUCAUUGUUAUGUCUUAAUUUUUACUUUCAACGUAUUGUCUUGUUUAUUCAAUUUCCAGCAUCGGCUGGUGACCAUUUAUGGUCGUUAAAACGACAUGUGUACAUAGCUUACAAACCUGUUUAUACACUUGUGUUAUAUUCGAAGUUGUGACAUGAAGUUCACUAUUCUUGUGAUAUGAUGUUUUGAUCUUAAGCAAAUCCCUUCGUUCAUUUAUCAGCUUGUUACAAUAUAAUUGGUAUAAUAACUCAUGCAACUGGCUCGCAGAAUCAAAAACAACAUUUCUUAUGUCCUUUAUCGUUAGUAUCCGUGUUAAUGAAACAUAUCUGGUAUAUCUUCAGCUGGUAUUUGCAAAGAAAUUUGGUUAAUACGGAUUAUUAAAAAAAAAAAAAUAAUGUAGAUCUAAACUUUGUAUACAUUUUACCGCCUUUUUUACGCGACGUUGUUUAACGACGUCACGUCCGUUGUUUUUAUUGUUAUUCUUCCCUGAGGAAGGCUUAACGCCGAAACGUUGGAAGUUAAUAAUUAUCUAUGAACAAACGCUACACGUGUUGUUGUUGAUUUUUCUUAUUUGUUAAUUACGGAUUAUUAAAGAAUACUGCACAAUCGUAAAAUGCAGUUUGGACAUACAAGUCACCAUGUUUCAUUUUGCCACAAUUAGUGUAUCAUAUUAACAACUUCUGAUUAUUUAUAACAGAUAUUUGCAUGAUUCAAUUGCAUUGUAAUUUAUCUACCACAAUUUGAUGCACUUAAUACAUUUUGUGUUACAUUGUUUUUUUUAACAAAUAAAACUGUUUCUUUUAUUGUUA